AUGUUAACAAAAACUGUACCAUGCAAUCUUUUCAAUGGAUGUAAAUCAAUAUCAUUAAGCAAUUUAAAAUACGAAACGCAGGUGUCAAAAGAUCAUUUAAAAACAUAUAAAAUGAGUGCCAUAACAGCAAUUGAAGCACGUGAGAAACAAAAUAUUGAAACAAUAUUAAAAUUGGAUCAAAAUAUUGUACCAUCAAUUAUAUUCAAUGAAAUAGCACAACAAAAUGAUUUAUUUCUAUUUAUAUCAUUAUGGUCAUUACAAUAAUCAACAAAAUAUCAUUUAUCACCAAAUCCAAGUCGUGCACAAGAACUACGUAAAAUUGUUGGUGAAAAUGGUUUUCAUCAUGUUAACACAUGCUUUUGGCCCAAUUUAAAAUGUGGAGUAUGUAUAAUAAGUCCAAGUAUUCGACAAUUUGAAUUAAAAUUAUUAUCAACAUAUUGGAAUCCUGAUAUACCAAUUUUUCCAUAUGUUUAUGGUAUGAGUGAACAUCAUCGUAUUUCAGUACCAUUAAAACCAAAUUCAUAUAAUUUAAUACCAUUACCACGUUCUGUUUAUUAUGAAUUUAUUGCAUUGACCGAUGAUGAUUAUGAUGAUGAUAAUCAACCAUCAGAGUCAUUUGAAUUACAUCAACUUGAACAGAAUAAAUAUUAUGAAGUUGUAUUAACAACAUAUGACGGUUUAUAUCGUUACAGAACAGAAGAUAUUAUUAAAGUAACAGGGCAUUAUUAUUCAUUAACAACAUGGCAACUUAUUGGAAGAGCGAAAUCAUUUGAAUUAUUUUCACCAAUAAAUAGAUGA